UAUAUUAAAUUUGUGAAGAAAAUAAUUAGAGAAUUUGAAAUUAUUUAAUAGCCCGAAAGCAAAAAAAAAAUAUAUUUAACCUUUGUAUUGUGUUGGUGAUUUGAAAAGCAAAAGAAAAUGAAAUUCAAAAUAAUUUAUCUAUACUAGAAUUGUGUUGAAAUUUGAAAAUAAUUUCAAAUAAAAAUCGUGACGAUAAUGAUGCUGGUGUGAUAGAGGCAAAAACAAAGAUACCGAAAUACAGAUAAUUAAAGCGAAUAAACCCUAAAACGAUUUUGAAACGCAAUUUACCAUAAGAAAUCCUUUGUUUUUUGUUGCUUCUCUUGCACAUUUAUUCAUAUAUUGUACAUUUUGUUGUUUUUGUUUAAGCGAAAAAAAAGAAAAAUAAAAUAAAAAUUAGAACAAUUGUUGUUGUUUAAAAGAAAGAAAAAGAAAAUCUAUUAAAUUGUAGUAGCCUUUACCCCGGGGGCAGUGAAAGAGUAAAAUUUUUACAUAAAUAACAAAGUCAUUGUUGCUACAAUGGCCAGUAGUGAAUCAAAUAGCUUUGAAGAACCAACCUCAACAACGACGAAUACAGCAAUUAUGCCUUUAGAAAGUUCCCCAACUCAACACAUGCAAAACGAAUUGGAAAUGGAAACGCAAAAGGACAUCGUAAAUUCAAACCAAGCCGAAAUUCCACAAAGAUCAGCCUCUUAUCGGGGUGUACGUUUAUCCGAAACUGAUGCCGAGGAUGAGCAGCCAGAAGUCGAUGAUUCUUGGUGGUCUGAGGUGGAAAAUAACGAUUUGUUAUUGGAUCAAGUGCCCAAUGUGACCUCGGUAUUUACACCCUCUCCAGAAGCUAUACUGGAGAAGAGCAUUUCGUUGGCGGAAAGUGAAAGUGUUUUCAAGGGAGAGGAAAAUUUCGAUCGUUUGCAUAAAAUAGCUGAUAAAAUUAAAAUGACAUUGAACGAACAUGCCAAAAAUAAAGAAAUAGAAGAACAGGCCGAAAGAGAACGCAAAUUGAGUGAAACUAGUGAUAAAGAAAGCAAAACCGGUUACGGCGAAACCGAAGGCAGCAGCAGCAUCAGCAAAGAAUUAUCUUUGGAGGAAUUCAAAGAGGAAUUGCGCUCUAAACGUUUGCAACGCCAGAACGCAGUACAAGAUUUGCGUGAUGAAAUUGCCACGCUACGACGUCAAUUGGAUUUGGAGCGUGAGGUUAAUAAACGUUUACGUAGUGGCGAACAUAUAGAAGAAAGUUCACUUAUCCCAGAUUCUAUGGCUUUAACUGAAGGUGCCUGUGCCGCUGUAAGCAAUAGUUUGAGUGACGAUGAGGAUCCUUUAAGCCGCAGCCGUCAUGCCAACAUUGAAUUGGCCAAUGCCCAAUUGGCUUUGCAAAUGGCCAACUCGGAGAACAUUUCGCUGCGUGGCGAAUUGGCGGUGGUGCAGAAACAAGUCGUUACUUUGAAAGAGGUCAUUGCUUGCUGCAAACAAAUGUUGGCUGUCAAAGAAGAACAAUGCAAUGAGUUAAAACAAAGACUUACCGAAAUUGAAAAAUCAUUUGCUGAGCAUGAAAUGAAAAUCAUGUCUGAUAAUUUACGCGAGGAAUAUGAAAGACAAUUGGUUAAUAUCCGUCAACUGAGGCAAUUGUAUGAGGAAAGACAACGUGUGGCUGCAGCGGAAUAUGAAAAUUUACAACGUUUAAUAUCGAUUAAAAGAGAUGAACUGGCACAGGAACAGGAAAAAUCGAAAAACCUGGAAGAACGUAAUCAAAAUUUGAUGCAAGAAAUUGAGACAGCCAACAAUGAAUUGGCGUGUCUGCGUGAUGAAUGUAAAGAGCACAAGUUUGAAAAGGCCGCUUUGAAGGAAGAAAUAGGAGCUGUUAAUACGCUCUUCAGUCAAAUGGUGAUGGGUUUUAAUGGUAAAAACAAUUUAGAUAUCGAUAGACUGACAACCAUGCUGGAGGAAAAUCGUACAUUGUUAAAUGACAUGGCAACCAAGGAGUGUACGGAUGGUGCAACUUUGCCAAAAUUAUUAUUCGAAUUAGUAGAGCAGGCAACACAAGAUGGCAACAAAAAGCCAUCUACGCCAACAACCAGCCAUGAAGCAGCCUUAACAGACGCCACUACACUGGGCGAUAAACUCCAGGGAGAAGUAAUGGAGGACGACGAGGAUGAGGAUGGCGAUAGUGUUACAGAGGAAAAUGAGAAUGAUAAUGAAAAUAUGGCUGCAUUAACAUCAAAUGUUAAACAAUUGCAACAAGAUGAAAUGCCAUCGCCAGAACAACAAGAUGAUGCCUCAACUUCAUGCAAUGGCAACAACACAGCAACACCUGCUGCUCAUACACAGGCAUUGGCUCAAAGUCAUGGCAACGAUGUAGUGGAUGAUGUUGCAACAAAUAACACUGAUGGAAAAGUUAUUGUUACGAUACAGAAUAAAAUCAAAAAACAUCAUCGUAAAACAGCAACAAACAAUAGAAAGUCUUCAACGUCAAUGUCAGCCUCUGGCUCAGCUGCUGCCCACUCGACAAUGCAACAACUUCAGGCUGCCGAAGUUAUUGGCAAAGUGACAUCGGCCCAGGAAAUUGCUGGUAACUUACCAAAGGUCUGGCGUGUCUUAAUGGAGCUCUUAAGUCAUCACAAAAUUGAUCCGGUGCAAUUUGAGGAAAAUGGCAAAGGUGAAGACUGCUACAAAUCCGUUGAGACACCAAAUGGUCCUAAAGCCGAAUUGAGUGUUAGCAAGACGUAUAUUAAAUUGAAGGAUCUUAUAUUGGAGAAAAAGUCUUUAGUUAAGGAAACUAAUCACCUGAAAACCUUAAACAGCCAUUUGGAUUAUCGCCUAAACGAACAAGAAAAACGCUUGAGUGCUGUUAGUUUGGAGUUGACAAAAACUUGGCAUUUGGUUGGCAAAAUGCAGCGUCAACACCGUCAACUGCAUACACAGGAGCAAAUCUUGCGCUAUCAGCUGCAACAAAAACGUCGCUUGCUGAGUGAACUCAAGGAUGAACUGGAGUAUUGUCGCCGCAAAUGGGCGGCUGCACGUGCCAAAAACGAUGAAAGUCAAGAGCAAUGCAAUGAUUUACGACGUGAAUUUGCCAGGCGUAAAUUAGAAGAUGCCAAUAAUUCGGCUGAAAGUGGUUAUAGUGAUUCGGGUGGCCCAGCAUCGGAUGAGGAAGUCACCGUGCCAGCGCAAGUUGGCAUUGAUGUUGUCGAUGGGGAGUUGGUGAAGAAUAUUAAGGAUGCGGAUGAUGAUGACGACUUGGUUGAAGGUGGUGCCUUGGCCGCCAGUACAUCAGCAGGUGGUUGUGUGAAUUACAGACGCAAACGUUUGAGGGAGAUGUUUGAGCAUACACGUAAAAUAAAACGUAUGCAAAGCACUUCUCCUGGUCGGGCUGGUAAUGUGCUGCAGCCGGAAAUAGUGGUGUUGCGUUGGAAUAGUGCUCCUCCUACUUGUGGUUGGAGGCAUUCAGGAGGCUUAGAUGAUGAUGUCUAUGAGGAAGAUACAGCUUCUUCCUCUAACUCGUCCUCCGACAGGGGUGCUAUACCAAAAGCACCAACUAGACCAUCUAGACGUCCCAAACGCCUCAGCGCUGAAAGAUCGGAAACCGAUGAAAAACCCUUGGCUACAGAGACUUUGCCCGGCGAUGACAGAGCCUGUAGAAUUCAACGGCUCGAGCAGCAAUGUAAAACUCUGAUAAAACAGGUAUUGGAAACUUCUGACAAUCGUGAGCGUUUGGAGGUGCAACUGAAACAAUUCCAGGAUGAAAUGUCUCCAGUGCAACAUGCCGUUCCUUUGGAAGAAAUAAUUAACAAGAAACGUGUUGAACGCAUGACUCGUGCCAGUUCAGUGCCCAUAACCGGUUCGGGAAGUUUGACUCCCCGUGAAGAGGAAUAUACACGCAAACGAUCAGAGCGUUUGGAGAGACUAGAAGAAGAGAGUCGUCAAUUGUUGUCACGCAUUAAACGUACCUCUGAUAGAGGUCAUUAUUUGCGUUGCUCCUUGGAUCGCAUUAGAAGAGCUCCGCUUAGUCGUGAGGGUAGUUUUGAAAGUAAUACUGAAGAUGAUUCCCACAAGCCAGCCGAAGAGGAAGAACAACUUUCUGGUACCGAAACAAACUCCCAAGCAAAUUCACAAGCAGAAAAUCUAAGCUCUCAAUCAUCAAAUGGCCAAGCAAGUCCUCUAACAGCCGAAGAAGAAGCCUACACCCAACGACGAGCAGCCCGUUUGCUAAGACUAGAAGAAGAAAGCAAACAGUUGUUGACCAAACUUUCGAAAAAUAAUCAAAGAGGUGAUACUAUUGGAAUUAAACUUGAUACUCUCCAUGAACGAUAUAAAUCCCAGGAUGAAACGACUACAGCUACAACCUCCCAUGAACCUCAACCAAUUGCAGCCAGUUCUUCACAAACACCUAACAGUUCUGGCAAAAUGUCUGUGGAACAAAGAAUUGAAAAUAUUGAGAAAAUCUCCUCGAAUCGUGAAGAACGUUUGCGUCUUUUAGAAGAAGAAGGCCGCCAACUAAUCAAUAAACUUUCUCAAACCUCCGAAAAGGGUACAAAAAUGAUCAACAGAAUAGCUGAAAGGGAACUGAAUCGGCAAAAGCGUGCUUCCUCUACUCCUGUCCGGGACAGUUCCUUAGAUAAUAAUAGUUCUACCUCAGCUAAAGUAGUGAAUGCCAAUUCUACCUCUGAAGAAACUCCUGUGGCUGCAGCUCUCUUACCUACACCUAAAAAUGUGGCUUGUACCAGUAUCGUAUCCGAAGAGCUUAACGAACGGGUUACUAUAACAACCAUACCCAGUCAAAUAGCAGCUCAUCAGGGUGCCAUACCCAAAUCCAAACCCACCUUACAGUUGUUGGCAUCCCGCCCCAAAUCCGCAAGAUUGCAAAAAUGUGAAAACAAAACCAAGGAUAAUGCAAAUGAAUCUUUGGAAGACAUGGUAAGACGUUUGCAAUCUUUACCAUUUCCGGGUAAGGAAACAUCAGAAAAGCUUGAACAAAGUGAAGAAAAUGAUGAAGAUGAAUUUGAAAAUGAUUUGGGAGAUUCUAGCGUGAAAGAAGAUAUUGAAAAGUUGGAACAGUUAAACACACCUGCUAAUGCUGAAAUUCAUACCAAUCAAUUAAAAGAGCUAGUGAUCUCCCCUGUUGCUGAAGAUGUGGCUGUAGUAAUCCCAGCAUCAGAAGAGCUGAACUCACCCCAUACCAGUUCUGAACAAGAUUAAUUUUAUUAUUAAUAACGAUAAGACUUUAUUCUUCGUGUUCAAUUAUAUUUUUAAUCUUAAUCACUAUUACAAUACGAAUUGCUGAUUGUUCAUUUGAUUUCUGUUGGGAGAUCAUUUGAAUUUGUUCACUAUGAAAUGUUUAGUUAAUAUUACUAUUUAUUAUAACGAUAUAUUUUCAGAUUUAUUUAUAUACUAUAUAUUUAUAUUUUUAAUAUGAUUUUUAAAAGAAAGUUUUGCGAUCUAUAUGAGUAAUUGUAACUCGUAAGAAAUAAAGGUUUCUUUCGUUUUGCUACUACA